GGAGGGGCUGGACCGGAGCAAAAGAAAACAAGUUAUAUCAGUGGCAGGCCAUGUUACUGAAGGUCUCCUCUGAGAAUAAGGGGCAGCUCUUGAAAACCGGGGCUCAUGAUUAGCGAGAAAAUGAACAAGGGGGGGAAGGGAGAGCCCCACGUCUUCAAGGAAAAGACCUUCAAGAAGAGGCGACAGUGCAGCGUGUGCCGCCAGAACGUGGACAACGUCGGCUCCUUCUGCAGAGUUUGCAAGACAGCCACCCACAGGAAGUGUGAGGCCAAGGUGACCUCGGCCUGCAUCCCGGCCCCCUCCAAUGAUCUGCAGCGUAGAGGGACCGCUCCGUCCCGACACAUCCAGCACCUGGGGUCCACCAAGUCGCUGACCUAUACCAAACAGAGAAACACCCUGCCGAGGAGCUUCAGCGUGGACCGCGUGAUGGAGAGAGUGAUGGAGCGGCACUACGACUUCGACCUGACCUACAUCACGGAGAGGAUCAUCUCCGUGUUUUUCCCCCCGAAGCUGGAGGAGCAGCGGUACCGCCUCAACCUGAAGGAGGUGGCGGCCAUGCUCAAGUCCAAACACCAGGACAAGUUUCUGCUCCUGAACCUCUCCGAGAGGCGCCACGAUAUCAACCGGCUGAAUACCAAGGUCCAUGACUUCGGCUGGCCCGACCUCCACGCCCCACCGCUCGAUAAGAUCUGUGCCAUAUGCAAGGCCAUGGAGACGUGGCUGACCUCCGACCCCCAGCACGUGGUGGUCCUGCACUGCAAGGGCCACAAAGGUAAAACGGGCGUGAUUAUUGCAGCCUACAUGCACUACAGCAAGAUCUCCGCGGGGGCGGACCAGGCUCUCAGUACUCUGGCCAUGAGGAAGUUCUGUGAAGAUAAGGUGUCCUCUUCCCUCCAGCCGUCCCAGAACAGGUAUAUCUAUUACUUUGGGGGCCUCCUGUCCGGGGCGAUCAAGAUGAACAGCAGUCCUCUCUUCCUCCACCAAGUUCUUAUCCCAUCGCUCCCCAACUUCCAGGGAGAAGGAGGUUAUUCCCCCUUCCUGAAGGUCUACCAGUCCAUGCAGCUGGUCUACACUUCGGGCAUAUAUGACCUUCAAGGCACCGGAGGCCGGCGGCUGUGUGUGACCAUCGAACCGGCGCUGCUGCUGAAGGGUGACGUCAUGGUCAAGUGCUACCACAGGCGAGCCCAGAGCGCUGACAGAGACACCGUGUUCAGGUUGCAGUUUCACACCUGCACCAUCCACGGAUCUCAGCUCUGGUUCGGCAAAGGGGAGUUGGACGAAGCUUGUACUGAUGAGCGUUUUCCAUCUGACGCCACAGUUGAGUUUGUCUUCUCCUCUGGACCUGAGAAAAUCAAAGGCCGCGAGUACCAGAAGAACGACCCGGCUGUCACAGUCGACUACAACACAGCCGACCCUGUGGUCCGCUGGGAUUCCUAUGAGAACUUUAACCAGCGAUACCAGGACAACCUGGAGGUCGAUAUUGCCCACACCCGAGGUCCCGUAGAUGGAAGUCUCUACGCUCAGAUAAAGAAGCGCCGAGGUCCCGGCUCCGGAUCUCUCACCUCAACCAAUGGCAGCAGCCCAGUGGCAGGCGUUGAGGAAGGCAGGCCAGGUCAUGUCAUCGUUCACGGUUCUGACUCCGCCCUCUCGGCCCAUUCCGCCCAUUUGAACCAAUCGUCCGUCCAUCCGGAGCGCCAGGAGGAUCCCGUCCGUCCGCUGCCCCCGACCCGGCAGGAGAGAGAGGAGCUGGAGCGUCUUCUCGGAGGCAUAGAGGGGAACCGGGAUGGAGAGCGAGAGACGGCCAUCUUGGACGACGGAGAGUCUCUGCCCUCCGAGAGGAGCGGGACGCUGAGGCUUAGUCGGUCCUGCUCCUGCCGGACCGGGUACCGGUCCCAGCGUUGUGCCGAGCCCGGCUGCGACCGCACCCUCCUCAUGCCCAAUGGUUACUGCCUCGACCGGGCCCCCGGUACCAAUGGGCACCAUGGGGCGACCCCUUCUGCCAGCCCCAACCCAGCGUCUCCUCCCUCACACAUGGAUCUGUGCCAGCACUACAGCCCCCACUCCCACCAGUCCCUUCCGCCUCCAGAUCUGGUGUGGGACCGCCAGAGUGGCCCGCCGCACUACCUGCACCGCUCCUGCUCGGAGGCUCCCUCAUCUCGACAUAUCUGCCCCUACCCGUCGCCAGACCCUCACUCUCACAACCACCCGCAUCACCACCCACUGUCGGCCCCGAGUCGCCUCUGCUGUCGAGAGGACGACUACGGCCCCUAUCACCACCCUCCUCCACCUCACAGCCACCACCAUCCCCACCUGCACCACCCCAAACCCUCCACCAGCCCGACCUACCACGACAUAAUGCUACUGGAUGGCCUGCCCUCCCCCGGCUGCUCUUGCAGAGACUGCAGCAUCAGGAGAGACGACUCGGCGGCCUAUCAGAGCCUGAGGCUGGACCAAGGUGACGGCUUCCACUGGGACAGAGAGGCGGAGCUUCAGCAGAGGGAGGUGGGGCUUAGGAGAGCCAGGGAGGCGGAGUUACCCAGAGGUUCAGAGCUCCACUGGGAGCGGGAUCCUGGGCUGAGACGAGGCAGAGAGAUGUCCCUCCACUGGGAGAGAGACAGGGAGGCCGAGCUGCAGUGGGAGCGGGACAGAGAGGCAGAAUAUUGGCACAGGAGGGCCACCGUGGCCUCCUACGGCCCACAGGGCCACGAUCUGCCGGCCUUCAACUUUGACCCCUUGCCGUCGGGUCACCCAGCUUACCCAGAGGCGUCGCGGUCCCAUGCUCAUUCCCACCUGGACCUGAAGUACAGCAGCAGCAGCAGCGGGUACCAAACUCCCCGCCAGGCGUGCCCCUGCUCGCCGUACCAGCCCUCACCGUCUGAAAGCCGGGGCUACGCCUCGGGCUACCAGUCCGAGUCCACGUCCCCACUGCCCCCGGCAUCUUCCAUGACGGGGCCCUGCAGCCAUAGCAACGGGCCGGCAGACCACAACCAUCACCAUCCAGACUCACAGCAGUCAUACGGCUCUGACUCACACACUGAAGGCCAAAGCGUGGGCUGGAGGGACCACAUUACCCACGGUUCCUUUAGGAGGGUCCACAGAGACGGCCACGCCGCAUGCUCCACGCCGUCUGACAUGUCUGGACCUUCAACCCCCGUGCACACCAGCAGCCCUCUACGCACAGAGGAAAGCCCCAGUCCAGGAGGGAGGGAGUACGAGAUCCGGACCACGGACAUCAUCGGCAGUGACUACGAGGCUCCCGGGCCGGAGGACGGACACUAUCGCGCUGACCUCAUCGCCCGGGAAUCCCCGGAAAGCCAAAGAAGCAGCACAGGGCCGCCGCCGCCACCGGCCAGAGACGCGCAGCCACACACAACCACACCUGCGCAGACGGAGCCGCCCCCCACCACGCCCCGCCUGCAGCACUGUUGCCCAAAUACCCCGCCAGCAUCGACGACGCAGAAACCGUCUCCUUUGGAUUCUGCAACGACGACCACAUCAACCCAGGGGCUCUGCCGGGCCCCCUCGUCCCCCAUCCGGGCUCCGUCUGAACCCCAGCCUCUCGCUCUCCAGAGCCCCCAUCCCUCAGAGGCUGCCGCUCUGCCUUCCACUGUGGCACAGGCGGUGCCCCAGCCUCAGACCCAAGGCAGCGGAUUGGCAAGACCAGCACAGGUCACAGGGUCUUCUCCCACCGGGGAACCACACCCAGAAAUCUCAAAACCCGUGUUGGUACUCAACGCAACGCCACACAACGCCACCUCUGCCCCCGCAUCUCCAGCUUCACCUUCGUCCGCCCAGCCGGCCUCCAGCAGUAUGGAGGGCUCCCCGGUCUCUGAUGCGCCGGUUCCUGGCUUCGCCACUUUGAGUCGGAGGCUGAUGCUGAGUGGGCCCGACCCCCACCACCCAAACCACAUCCAGCAGCACGGGCCCCCGCACCACCACUACCCCGGCACGGAGCACAGCGCUGCUGGGCACACAUCCGCUCCGGACCCCACCAAGAGGCCCUGCUACUCCGCUCACCCUCCUCAGCUCUCCCCGUCCUCUUACUCCAAUUACUCCACCAUCUCCAUCCCCCUCCCUCACCCCCAGCCGCCGCUGCCAGAGAAGCGCCACCUGCCCGUUCAGCCGGGCUCGCCCGGCGACGGCGCGGGAACGCUAAAGCCGGCCACGGGACACACGCCACCCUCCGCCGCCCAGCACCAGCUCCAUGUCACCUUCUCUCCCACCGUGGGGGAAAUUGUACCCCCCGCAGGCAAAAACGACGGAGUGCCGUCUGUGGAGAGUGAGAACGGGAAUAGGGUCAGUGUGAAGUUCGUCCAGGACAGUUCAAGGUUCUGGUACAAGCCCGGAAUCUCCAGAGAGCAAGCAAUCGCAGCUCUGAAGGAGCGAGAGCCGGGGGCCUUCCUGAUCCGGGACAGCAACUCUUUCCAGGGGGCCUACGGCCUGGCCCUGAAGGUGGCCACACCUCCUCCCAAUGUCAACAACCACGGUGGCAAGGCGAGCGACCCUCUGGAACAGCUGGUCAGACACUUCCUCAUCGAAACCGGCCCUCGAGGAGUGAAGAUCAAAGGGUGCCAGAAUGAGCCCUACUUUGGGAGUCUGUCUGCAUUGGUCUACCAGCACUCCAUCACGCCCAUCUCUUUGCCCUGCGCCCUGAAGAUCACAGAGAAAGAUCUUAUAGGGGAGGUGCCGGAGGUUCAAUCAGUGAAUAACAUCAGCACCGCUGCUGACCUGCUGAAACAAGGAGCAGCCUGUAACGUCCUGUACCUGAACUCGGUGGAAACAGAGUCUCUAACCGGCCCCCAGGCCAUCGCCAAGGCGACCGACUCGUCCUUGGGUCGUAACCCCCGCCCCGCCGCUACGGUGGUCCAGUUCAAGGUGACGUCUCAGGGCAUCACGCUGACCGACAGCCAGCGCCGGGUUUUCUUCCGGAGACAUUACCCAGUGGGCAGCGUGACCUUCAGCAGCAUCGACCCCAAGGACCGGAGGUGGACUAACUCAGACAACACCGGCGUUAAGGUGUUCGGUUUCGUGGCCAAGAAGCCGGGCAGUUUGGCCGAGAACGUCUGCCACCUGUUUGCCGAGUUGGACCCCGAGCAGCCCGCCUCCGCCAUCGUCAACUUCAUCAACAAGGUCAUGUUGUCUCAGCGCCGGUAGAGGGGAACAGAGGGGACCCCCAACUCGGGAGCAGACGAGGGGGCCGGGACGCUAACGCCACCUGUGUCGAGUCAGUCGGACAUUUUGAAGGCAGCUCAAAAUCAUCGUCUAAUAAUUGUUUCACUCCCAGUCCUCCGUUUCCUAAAAGCUGUGUUGCCGUUAUAACACUCCUGUUUAAUUUGUUUAUAAUAUAGCAAAGUACAAAAUGAUGUAUAGUGUUACAACUCCUCCAAGGAGAGGGAGGAGUCAGAGAAAAACCAUCUACCAGGGGCCGAAUGAAGAAUGAGUUAUCCAGCUGUUUGGGCAGAACUCCGGGUUCCCCUGCGGGAGAACCUUUAAUUAAGAGAACCUUUCAGAGCAGAGUCGACAUGGAAUGGUUUGUUUCAUUACGCCAUAUUAUUACCCCCCCCCAAAACUAAUAUUCUAAUUUGUUUUACUUUCGAUUGCUGCUUUAUUCCUGAAUAUUUAAUAUCAGUCGUACGGGUAUUGUGUGUUCCAAUAGCCGUACUUCUAUGCCAGAAAAAAUGAUUUUUAAUACGUCCCGAUGCAUCGCAGGUCAAAUGCAGUGGAUGCCAAAAAAAUACCAGGAUGUUCUGCCAUCAGGGCGUAUUUCUACAAGUUUACGCUGCAGAGCGAGAGGGUCAAAGUUCACGGUGCCAACGUUAAGCGGAAGUACGAUGUCCCAACUGAGUGCACACUGCUCACCACUUUGAGGGCAGCUGCAGCGCGUACUGAAAGAACAAGUAAGCCAUUUGGAGCGCAGACACUUCAGGUCCUCCACUCGUGACACCGGGUACCCAGAGUGCUUCACUUCGUGGCUCAGACUGGUUAAAUACAGCUUUUAUCAUCCGGGCCCGACUGGUGUUCAGCGUACAAACGACUUCAGCUUCAAGGACACACACACACACACACACACACACACACACACACUGGAGUGGCUGCAAAGAGGACCCGCCCUUGCACCGCGACCUUCCACUUCUACAUAACGACCUGUAAUCACAAUCGACAAUCAUGGGGGUCCCCCCCCCCAAACUCACGUACACUUAAUAAUCGGAGCAAGCGAGAGACGGAGGUCUCUGAUGAAAGCAAACAUGAAUGUGAGUUUAACAAGUGUGUGAGGGAGGAGCGUGUCGAGGGGAUUAUCAGGAGAUAAUGUCGGGUCAGGGAAUCGGUAACGUCCAUUAAAAAGAAAUGUAUGUGUAACGGGGAAAUGCUCGAUGAGGAAAGGUGUUUCAGGGUUGAAGCACCAUUUGCCGUGAAAUGUUUGGUGUACAAAUUCAUUAUGAAACAUUCACGCACACACGCGCUAACAAAGAGAACCGGUAAAGACACACGAGGCGUUGGCCUGAAGACAGACGCACUUAACCAAAGACAAAGCACUCUUGUAUUAAUAAGCUUUUUAUCCAGCUAUAUUUUUGUACUUAUUGCAUCUAUUUAGUGUGUUGCCUUGUUUGGUAUAAAAAAUAAAAUCUAGAAAAACACUUGUAUUAAGGCGAUAAUAUAUUGUCUAUUUUCAUGUCGAUCUCUGUAUUAUGUAGUAAUAUAUUUUCACAUGCAGCUAUAGGACAACAUAUGAGACAUUUAAAAAGGAAACAUUUGUAUGUUUGAAAGGACAUUAUGCUAUUUUGUAUGCAAACAUUUUUUUUGAAUUAAACUGAAAUGAUGUGGUA